CUGGUGUGAUAAAAUAAUGGAUUUUUGUGCACAGUGUUUUGAGAAAAUUAUGCUUUUGAUUUGUGAUGAUUUGUAUGACAUGAAGGAGAAUUUACUAUCUGUUUAGGACAAUUACAGAGUGUACUGAUCACUGUGUUAACUGUUUUGAGAGCUGUUACCUGAGUUUGGAGAAAUGUACCAAAUCGAUUGAGGAAAAACUGUAAUACAUUAUUUUAUACAUGCAUGCAAUGCAGUUUACUAAAUAGUUUGAAUUUAAUGCCAGUGUAAAAUGUGUUUUAACAACAAGUGUUUAAAUAAAGCCACAUAUGCUACACAAGACCCGAAUCCCCCCUGAACCUAUGUAUUAGGACUACACUUUGUUUUAUGCUCUCAGAAGUGAAAUGAGGUGAAUCUGGUGGUAGACGCAUUCACAAGCAGCAACAAGUUACCCUUUAAAAUCACUUUCACUUCAAUCACACAACUUUCAUUCUGCAUGAGCGUUCAGUUCCACUCUUUCCUGGCAAUUAAAAUCCAUUUGCAGUGAGUAUUAAUGCAACUUUUUUUUCUACCUGUAUUAAUACAUUUAUAUUCAGCCUGCACUAGCAAUUAAAUGCUUUAAUGUAUACAUGUGUUAUUGUGUGCAUAAUGAGUGAGACAACAUUUUCCAAACUCUAAUUAUAUUAGGAGCUGUUGUUACAAUUGAUCAUUACUGUUUUCUAUAUUAAUAUAUUUUAAAUGCAAUUUAUUCCUGUGAUGCAAAUCAGAAUUUUCAGCAUCAUUACUCCAGUCUUCAGUUUCACAUGAUCCUUCACCAUUUAAUUUGCUGCUCAGGAAACAUUUCUCAUUAUUAUUAGUUAUUCAAACGUUACAGAGCAGGUAUGAUUUAAGUAAGGAAUAACUGACACUCGUCCAUUGAAUUAUUAGAGAAUAAUGCACAGCCACCCACGACCACAACUGAAAGCGGAGUUAUGUGCAUCAUUUUUUAAAUAUUCAACAGACAAGAGUUAAUUAUUCCACUUUUACUACGGUUACUACACCUCAGGACAUUGUUCAGAUGAUGUGUUUCUAGACAUUUGUCAGGGUUUUGUCCUUGAAAUGCAUUUGUAGGAUUAAAAUUUCUCAUCCAGUGCCUCUGUUGCUAAUUCCAAAAAGUCAGUAAAGACCUAGCAAUGAAGGUUUGUGCCUUUGAUAGCAGACUAAUUUAUAAUGAAGUCAUUAAAGAGACAGAGAAAGAGAUUUAGCCCUGUUUGAGCAUCUAUCAGCAGUUGUUUGGCAGCAAUGUCCCUUCUAACAGAAAAACUGUUAUGUUUAUCUGCUUCAAGAACAGCACCGCUGUUACCUCGCUUGUGAAAAAUGGCAUGGAGCUUUGAAGUUAUUGAGCUUUUUUACUGAUUAAUAGUCAAAGCAGCACUGACAACAUGUUUCUGUGUGCGUGUAUGUUUAUGUGUAUGUUGGCGAAAGAAGAGUGCUUUCUGUAGAUAAUUAAAUGUAACUUUGUGGCAAAAGCAUGGAAACAGUUUAUCAAUUUUUACAAAUUGGUGUGUCUUGCCAUAUUAUUUUAAUAUAUUAUCUGAAUUAUGAACACACUGGUUUGUAGGGGAAACAGUUUUACCAUUUACUGCAUGUUGUUAUUCUGAUAAUAAUAAAAACAUAUAUAAUUAUAAAUAAUUAGAAAUAAUCUGGAGUAAUGGCUUUUGAAAAUUCAUCUUUGCAUCACAGGAAUAAAUUAUAUUUUAAAAUCGACUCUACUAGAAAACAAUUCUUUAAAUUGAAAUAAUAUUUCACAAUAUUACCGUUUUUACUGUAUUUUUGAUCAAAUAAAUGAAGCCAUGGUCAGCAUUUUUUUUUUCAAAAACAUAAUUAUUCCAAAUAUACACACACAUAGUAAUACUGCUUAUCUUUUGCUUUAAAGGUUAAAAAUCACAGACUCGAGCUCCCAGUCUGCCAAUAAAAUGGGGGCCAUUCUGACUUUGGUGGAGCCGGUGGUUGUGAUCAAUAAACUGGGGACAUCCUUCUUUGAUAUGGCCCUCACACAGACCGUGUACAACCAGUCGCUGAAGGCAACAGCUGGAGACAGCGAUAAGGCACAGGCCUUAUCCUCACGCUUUCUUCUUAUUCAGAGUGUGUUGUCUUCUGUGGCGGCCAUGUUGUCCAUUAUACCACUGAGCCGUCUGGCAGAUCGUCAUGGACCUAAAGUCUUCCUAGUGUCCUCUCAAAUGGGUUCGGUUUUAGGCAUGUUCAUGCUGGUCAUCUUCAUUUACUGUGAGGCUCCACUGGAGCUUCUAUAUUUGGGUUCUUUGCUGCAUGGUUUGAGCGGAGGCGGGCCGAUGUUUUGGGCUGGGGUGGCAGCUCUGGCAUCUCUCAGCUCAAAGCAGGGCAAACGCACUCUUAAACUCAACAUCGUAGACUUCUGUUUUGGGAUCGCAGGGGUGGUGGGAGGUCUUCUGUCUGGAUAUCUAUACCAGAUGGGACCAUCAGUUCUCCUUCUGACAGCAAUUCUAGUCAGCAUUGUGGCAUUACUGUACACUGUGUUUGCCCUGACUGACUCGAGACGUUCCCUAUCCGAGAGCGAGCCAUUGCUGGCUGAAUCCGAAAGUGGGAAAAUGUUGGAUCGAGUCUCUAUAGGCAUGCUGAUGGCAGCAAUGAUGUUGUUUAUGCUAGGCGUGGUCGGGGCAGAAAAUGUGCUCCAGCUCUAUGUGCUAAAGCCCCCUCUGAGCUGGGACUCGGUUUGGGCCGGAUAUGGCAGGGCCGCCACCAGUGCCAUGUAUCUCAGUAGCUUCUUAGGGGUUCUGAGUCUGUUCAGUGUGUUGGGAGACACAGCCCUCACUCUGCUGGGUAUUGUGUCCAACUGUACUGGGAUGGCAAUUAUGGCAUUCGCUAUAGAAAGCUGGGUCUACUUCCUGGCUAGAGGAAUCAUGAUGUUUGCCUGCAUCCCCAUGCCAACACUUCGAGCCAUGCUGUCCAAGAAUCUGCAUCCUCAGCAAUAUGGGCGAGUGUUUGGGCUGCUCCAGCUGGUUCUGGCUGUGACAGAUCUCUUGUCUAAUGUCUUUUUCACCUCGAUUUACCCACUUACUCUCGGCUGGUUCAGUGGCUUCUGCUUCCUCCUCUCCUGUGCCAUUAGUUACAUCAGUGCCGUCCCGAUCAUUUAUCGAAGUGGCAGAGACUUGAGACUUGGAUCCAUUUGUGAUGAUGAACACUUACAUUGAAAUGUGUCUGUUCUUAUUUUGAUUCAGUACUAUGGAGCUGCAAAAGAAUUGCAUUCCUUGCAUUGCCCAAAAAACUUUCAUGUUCUGUCGCAAAAGUGUUGAAAUCCAAGGAGAAAUGUUUAAGCUUUUGCAUUUGCUCACAAAACUUUUGCAAUAGAAUAUGAAACUCUGGGAAAAGGACACAGAAAUUUUGCACGAAAUAGCAAAGUUUCUCAACGUAACGCAAAAGAUUUGCACACAAAUGUAAAAGCAUGGAUUUUUAUUCUUCUCUGAUUAAUUUCUCUUUAAGGACUGUAUAUUUGUAUUAGACAUAUUCACAUAACUAUAUCUGUCAAGUUUCAACUUAUGCAUGACAUCAAAUUUGAUUGCAAUAAUACAAAGUGCAAUACACAAUAAUAUAACAUCAAAGAAUUAAUGAAAGAACUAAUGAAAGUAUGAUAUAAAAGUCUGUCUAGCUUUCUUGCAGGAGACAUAGUUUGGUAAAAAUAUGUCUUGUUUAAAGUGGAAAUAGCUUUUGUUCUUAACAUGAAAUUUUAUCAGCAUUUUAGGACUGGACACAUGAAGUGUCAAAUGUUUUCAGCAGCUCUGCAUGGUUUCACCUGUUACAGUGAAUAGUCUAUGUUUAUGGCAUUUGUUACUCCCAAUAAACCUACUUAUUUUCCUAUGGUUAUCUGCUCAGUCAUACUAUUCUCUAGUGGGAUAGUAUUUGUAGCAGCAAGGGCAAAUGGUUCUGCAGGAUACUUUUUACGAGUUCUUUUUUUUAAUUUUAUUUCAGUUCAGAGUAAGGAUACUUUUUUCAGUUUAUAAGGAUUUAUCAUUUAUCAUUAUUGGAUUUUUUUGUCUUCCACAGAUUCAGACAGCAUCAGACCUCAUUUUUUAUUGUUUACUUUAUUUAAAAUGAAGAAUUAGUCUGAUGUUAUUGUAUCUAAAACAUAAUAUAACAUAACAUAACAACAUAAAACACAUUUUACAUUCAGGUCGUUUAAUGUGUAUUGUCCAACAGUUGCCACGUGGUGUCAUCUAAUCAUCAAUACACGGCCUACUAUGGCAAGCAAAUUUUCAAUAAAAAUGUUUUUUUGAAUACUUUAUUUUUAUUUAU